AUUGAUAACACACCGUGGCUUUUAACCUAAGAAACUGAGAGCUGCCAUUUCCAUGGAGCAUUCUUCUUCUCCAGCGAGCUUUCCAAGAUGGGCACCAAGUCCAAGCCCCUCAAGAGGAUUGUUACUAUCACCACCUGUGGAAGACGCCAAGAUCAAGUCGAGUAGUGCUGCUGUUCAUGACUCUGCAGAAGAUGCGGUAUCCUUGUCAUGUUCUAGCAUGGAGAGGAUCUUCCCAUUUGGCAUUGGAUUCAAAAGCACUACUGCUGCUGUUACUGCUUAUGGUUCUGCUGUGGAAACGUCACUAGAAGCUGAAAAUGCUCAUGCCCCAAGGAAGGAUGGUGCUAGUGCUACUCAUGUAGUGGAGCUCGGGCCAAGAGAGAACGGUGCUUCUUUGACAUGGGACGACUUGUGGGUCGGAGUAAGUGAUGGGAAAGGUGGGCAGAAGAUGAUUUUGCAGGGGCUUACUGGGUUUGCUCAGCCCGGUGAGGUUUUGGCCAUUAUGGGUCCUUCUGGCUGUGGCAAAUCUACCCUUUUGGAUGCUUUGGGAGGAAGGCUAAGUUCAAGCACACAGCAGAAAGGGAAGAUCCUAAUCAAUGGCCACAAAGAAACUCUUGCCUUUGGAACCUCAGCAUAUGUGACACAAGAUGACACACUAAUGACAACCUUAACAGUAACGGAAGUUGUGUACUACUCAGCUCAACUACAACUCCCUAACUCCAUGUCGAAAACAGAAAAGAAGGUAAGAGCAGAGACGACAAUAAAGGAAAUGGGUUUGCAAGACUCCAUGGACACAAGAAUUGGAGGUUGGGGCAAAAAGAGCCUCAGUGGCGGGCAAAAGAGAAGAGUUAGCAUCUGCAUUGAGAUCUUGACUCGUCCAAAGCUUCUCUUCCUUGAUGAGCCUACUAGUGGACUAGACAGUGCAGCAUCUUAUCAUGUCAUGAGCCGCAUUAUUAAACUGGCUCACCACGAUGGAAUGACAAUUGUUGCGUCAAUUCAUCAACCUAGCAGUGAAGUUUUUGAGCUUUUCCAAAAUCUUUGCCUUCUCUCAUCUGGUAGAAUAGUCUAUUUUGGCCCUGCUUCACAGGCAGAGGAGUUUUUUGCUUCAAAUGGCUUUCCAUGCCCAACUUUGAGAAAUCCAUCAGAUCACUACCUGAGAACUAUUAACAAGGACUUUGACACUGACAUUGAACAAGGCCUUGGUGGAAAAACAAGAACAGAGGAAGCAAUUGAUAUUCUCAUAAAUUCAUACAAGUCUUCAAGUACAUUCAAGCAACUUCAUGACCAGGUUGCUAAAAUUUGCCAACAGAAACGUGGAGCUCUAGAGAAGGGAAGUCAAGCCAACUUCAUGACUCAAUGCCUGGUUUUGACAAGGAGAUCCUUUGUGAACAUGUAUCGCGAUCUAGGCUACUACUGGCUUCGUCUUUUCAUUUACAUUUCCUUGUGCUUAUGUGUUGGGACUAUCUAUCAUGAAAUUGACACCAGUUAUGACUCGAUACAGGAUAGAGCAACAAGUCUGAUGUUCGUUGCAGCAUUCUUAACUUUCAUGGCAAUAGGUGGAUUUCCUUCUUAUGUAGAGGACAUGAAGAUCUUCCGGCGAGAAAGACUAAACGGGCACUACGGUGUUGCUGCAUUUGUUGUUGGAAACUCAUUUUCCUCCAUUCCAUACUUAUUGAUGAACUCUGUAAUUCCUGGAGCAAUAGUAUUUUUCCUUGUUGGCCUUCAGCAGACCUUUGACCACUUCGCCUAUUUUGCAUUGGUUCUGUUUGUUACUCUGCUGUUGGUUGAGAGCCUGAUGAUGAUUGUAGCAAGCAUUGUGCCAGAUUUCCUCAUGGGCGUUAUCACAGGUUCUGGAAUUCUAGGAAAGAUGCUGUUGGCUGGUGGUCUCUUUCGAAAACCUCAUGAUCUUCCAAAUUUCUUCUGGAGAUAUCCAAUGUACUAUAUUGGAUUUCACAAGUAUGUAAGUCAAGGAUUCUACAAGAAUGAGUUUGAAGGACUAACAUUCCCCAAUAAUCAAGCAGGAGGGUCACUCAUCAUUACUGGUGAAGAAAUAUUGAAGAAUAUUUGGGAAAUGGAGAUGAGUUACUCUAAGUGGGUUGAUCUUGCCAUUUUGUUUGGAAUGGUGAUUCUUUACAGGCUCUUGUUCUUUGGAAUCAUCAAGGCAAGUGAAAAGGUCACGCCAAUUAUCAAAGCUUUUAUGGUUCGCGUAACAGUUAAAGAUAACUCAUCUGCCUAG